GAGCAAUUUGUGUUAACUGAAAGCCUUUGGCGUUUUGAUGGUUCAGUUUAUAUAUGGGGAACCACAAGUAUGACAGAAAUAGUAAUAAAGUGCUCAUUAAUCAAUAAGCCCACAGUGUCACAGUGAGUCUAAAUGGUGAGGCUAACUGACUGUGCAAACUGCUAACAGGAAAAGGAAAAGCAGCUAGAAAUGGAAUGAAAAUCGGUCUUUUAAAUGCCAAAUUAAAAUCUAUAUUUUUAAUCCAGUUUAUGAAUUUGUCUUUAUUUUAUCAUACAAUUACCUAUUAAUGAAUGAAAUGGUUAAUUACUUUUUUCCAUGACAACUCUGAUCAAAGUUUGAAAAUCCCACUGUUCAUGAAUCCAGCCUGGUGAAACUCUGAGGUGUGUGUGACUGAGAUAACUUUCCUCUGUGUCACCAUGGUCACCUCGCAGCACUAGUUCACACACCUGGAUGACGACACACACACACACGCACACACACCCUCCUGAAGGCCGUGGGUGGAGUUUCCUCGUGGCUUUAACUGGUGCGUAACGUGCCGUCGUGUUGUCAUUACGCGCACGGAGGAGCGCGACGCCAGUGGACUUUUUAAGAAUAAAUCAGCCACAGCAAAGCAAGAGAGAAAUGUGUAUGCUGCUUCUCAGAAACAAGAAACCACUGGCUUGCUGCUCGUUUUAGGAUGACCGAUCUGUGGACUUUUCUGGGCUUUCACCGAGAAGAAGAUUAGAUGAUUCUUAAGGGCACCAGAUGUGAUCCUCGUUUCAACCUAGUGCAUCCCAGGAACCCCAGUCCAAAUGCCAGCUGACCUCUGACCCUCGCACCAUGGACCUCCGCCUGCAAGCCAACCCUCAGCUCCACUACGGGGUCAACGGGGGCGCAGGCCGAAACUCCAAGCCAGGCGAUGAUGAUGUGCUGCAGUUUCUGAGCCAAGAGGAGCAAGAGUGCCUCCAGUUCUUUGAGGACACCAUCGACUCACUGGAAGAGAGUCUGAAGGAGAACGACCAGAAGCCCAGGCAGGAGAAUCCCAUACGCAGCAGCAGCAGUUCUGCCGAAGAGAUUGAUGGACCCCUGACUUCGAGUCCCAGAGCAAGUGUCAUGGUGUCCUCCCUCCUGGCCAGACCUCCGAGUCCCAAAGACCAGGAUAUUAUAGACCUGGUCCGCCCAGAACCAGAUUUGAUGCAGACCAAAGAGCCGAUCUUCAAUCCCACCAGCCCAGACUUUCAGAGCAUGGUGCCAACUCCUGAAAGCCACUUCGAGAUAAAGCCAAGGCACGAUCCCACAGACAGCUUGCCUUCAGACUACAACCCUCCUCUACCAAGUGGCAGCUAUGGGCCAACAGAGAGCCACUCCUCCUAUCACCCUCCAGGCUGCAUCCCCACCCCAGUCCUGAUUGCUCAGAAGAUAGCCGAGACCCAGGCAGGUGGAACCUCUAGCUUAGGGUCCUCCUCGCUCCUCCGCAAUUCAAGUCUGGAGUCUGAAAAGCCACUGAGCUACAGUACCGUUAAACAGGGUCCUCCUACCUCUGCUAAGCCUGCCCGCUUUCCUGCUAACAUCAAUGUGAUCCUUGGCAACAAGGAGCACCAGAACACGUUGUCUAAUGUGAACAUCCAGGAGAGACGAGCACAAAUGCUGGCAAAUCUAACAGAGUCACACCCUCUGGUACAGGAAGAGCCUCUGCAGCCUGCGGAGCAGAAGGCUCGAAAUGUUGCCCGACGCAGCAUUUCCUUUAAGGACCCCUCACCAGACAAAUCCAGGAGGGAGGCCCUGUCUAAACUGGGUUUGACAAGGAAUCGAGCCAUGUCUGGGGGUAUGUCGCUCCUCGUCACCCCUAACAACAUCUCUCUGGAUCCUCCUAAAAGCGCGGAAACAAAUGCUAAACCUCUGGAGGCAAGUGUGGAGGCAAGUGUUCCCCCAGCAACUGAAACCAACCCCAAGCUGCAAGAACCCAGUGUUCCAACACCACAUCAGGACAAGAUUAAUGUGGACAAAACAUCAGAGAUUCUGCAGACGCCGUCCCUCAGGAGCCAUGAAGAUAUAAAGCCCCAAACGAGUCCCUCACCUCCAGCAGUUGCACGGAGCAGCAUCAGUCCACCUCCUUUGGAACACAAGGUACCUGUUGCCCCAACGUCUGAGGUCACCUCACUCGAAUUUAACAGCUAUGGAGGGAAAUCUAUCGUGGUCCAUCCGCCUGUUUCCUCCAGGAGUGAACCUGCAACCUCUCCAACGACCCUGGAACCCAAAAUCCUUCCACCUGCACUGGCUAACCCCAGUGAGUUUAACACUUAUGGAGGAAAAUCCAAAGUCAUGACACCUGCUGUUGCAGCCAGGAGCGACCUUCCCGACAUCCUCAGCUCUCACAUCGACAAAAGUCAAUCCCUGUCCGGCAAAUCAGAGCCACCACCCUCUGAGCUUAACAGUUACGGAGGAAAGAGCCUAACCAUCAACCCCUCAGCUGUGUUUAAUCGCAGCACAACAAGGAGUUUCAAACCUCCAGCCCCGACCCCGGCCCCAAGACCACCUCGGCACUCCUACCAUGGCGGCAUUACUACUCAGAAGGUGGCGCAGCGUGCCUUGUCCCCUGACCACAGGCGAAGAUCCGGCUCCAUGUUCCGACCUCAAGGCAUCACCGUCCAGUUUUCUGGACGAGGGGCGACAGACGAAUCACGCAGGGACGCGUUGAGGAAAUUGGGGCUACUGAAAGACUCUUGAUGUACUCUGGAAAUUUAUUCUUCGUUUCCUGUCCCACCUUUUGUUUGCCAUAAAUGAGGCUGAUUGUGAAUAGGCAAAUUUAAAAAGCUGGACAUAUUCUGUAUUUUUAUUAUUGUCAACAAAUCCUACAAAAAGACCCAAACCAACAUGUGUUACGCUGUUUCUCAAUAGUUUCUGACUUCCCAAACUGUGGCACAGCUGGGCACUGCAGUUUUUAUCAGCUACUGCUCAAAGAGGAGGAACUAGUGUAUUUGUUAGGGUUUAUUAAUACAUAUUGAAUAUAUAUUUAAUACAUAUUUCAUAUUCUAUGUGGUGUUUCUGACAACAGGACAGUGUAUGUGGGAUUGAGUCAACUUAAACUAUAAUGGGACUACGAUCAUAUUUGCUUUAAAAAAAAAAACUAUUUGGAAAUAUGCCAAGAAAGUUAAUUUAUUUUUCCUGGGAUUUUGUUUUAUAAAUAGUAUAAAUUAGGUUGGACUAGCUUGUCCCAGGGAAACAGCAAACAGCUCACAAAAUGAUUUCAGGUAUAAAAAGGAGAAAAAUAAAGCAAAAUGCAAAUGAGCGGCUAGUUAUGCAUGAGAAACGUGGGUAUUUAAAGAGCAAUAAAUGGUGAAAUUACACAGCAAUUUAAUCCAAAUCCUUAAAAAAAUAACAAUGACAGCAAGAAGCCCUCGAAUACUUAAAGACGACCCUGUUUAUGUAGCCAGUUUAAGUUACAUGUGUUUCAUGAUGUUGCUUUCCUCAAGUGAAAUCGAUGUUUAUACUCAGGCUGUGAAGUCUUCAUCACCCCUGUUACAUGGGAACUUUCUUACUGUCACUGGUUUGUUGACCGACUUUGGGCAUUUUAGGCAGCGGUGAGCGUGUGCAUGUUUUUUCUGUCAGCACUUUGGUUGAAAGUACUUUUCUCUGACUUCUGAACUUAACAAAAUUCUAAAGCAAAGAGCAAAAGGUUGGAAACGAGUGGAUGUAAAGCGAACAACAGAGGAUCAAAGAAACAAGACAUCCAAAGUCACACUUAAUUGUUUCAACUGUUCUGGAAACUAAUCUCCUCUGUGAUUCCUUUAAACCUGACGCACAAGUCAAAGUGAAAAGAGGCCGAGGUUUGUUGAAAGACUUAAAGCUGGAGGAUAUUUUUAUGCCACGGACAAACCUCCCACACCAAACCACAAACUGUGGAAUGGCUUUGUGGGCAGGACUUUUACUUUUUUUUUGCUAUGCAGAGGGAAUACUUUAAAAGUGCUCUUUAGGGAUGGGCGAGCAUAUGGCAUUGUACAAAACACAAGCACUAAAACCACAGUCUAGAAAUACAUCCCGGGAUACUUGUGCGUUUUUAUUCCUUUCAAGCUGUUCUCGCCAACUUAACUGUUUCUGAUAUUUCAAGUGUGUUAUUUAACUGUUGUAGCAGCAUAAGCAUGUAUGUGUAUGUGUGUGUGUGUGUGUGUGUGUGUGUGUGUCUACUGUUUUAUCAAGACUCCGGCCCCUGUAGUUCACCUACAGAAACUUUUGAAGUAUAUUUUGGUUCACACAGAAGUACCACAGUACUUGUCCUGUGUGAACAUUUUUGUGAAUUUUGUUUACAGACUCCGGUUCUCUGUAGUUCAGCUACAGUCAUUUUGAAGUAACCUGAUGGUGCAUACAUGCAGUUUGUAACUACACUUUGUAUAAAACCGCUUACUCUAUCAUGAAAUGUUUCAGCAAUGUGCACACAUGCAGUAAAUGGGAAUAUUAGUGGGCAUGUGAAAGUUGCCGCUAUGUUACAGCAGCCUGUUAUACUUCAACUUUUGAAAUGUCCACGUUGUAUACUGUACACACUCUAACUGCUAAAUACAUCUAAUGUUGAUUUUUUUUGUCAAUCAUUAAACAGAAUAAUAUAAUGUC